CAACUCCACCAUGGCGCCACGCAUGGGGAUUGGCCGAGCAAAUCGCGAUGUGGCUUGGUCCAGUUGCAGUGUCGCUUCUCGCGACGAUUAGCAAAGUCACCAGUCAAGAUCAGAAGCCGUUGACAGAUGAACCAGUAACUAAACCAGCUUUCACUGUUCGCGAACAAUCAUCGGAUCUUUGCGAUGCGGGUGCUCGUCAAUUCACCGGCACGGUCAAUGUGACGGAGGAUAAGUCCAUGUUCUUCUGGUACUUUGAGAGCCGAAAUGACCCAGACAAUGAUCCUUUGCUACUAUGGAUGAGCGGUGGACCUGGCGCAUCUGGAGAAAUGGGAUUAUUCAUGGGAAGCGGUCCCUGCACUGUGAAUCCCGACGGAAACUCAACAAAACGAGCUGAAUACUCGUGGAUCGACCACGCUAACGUUGUCUACAUUGAUCAACCCGUCGGCGUCGGCUUCUCAAAAAUCACAGACCGAAACAAAAUCGCCGUUAGUCUCGAGCAAGGUGCAAAAGACGUCCAUACUUUCCUCUCCACAUUCUCCCACGACGUAUUCCCCAACCUCGCUGGAAAACCAUGGCACAUUACCGGUGAAUCCAUGGGCGGUCACUACGUCACCGGUUACACGAAACAUAUUGUCGCUCACGAACGCGAAAACGCGGAGCGCGGAAUCAUCCCUCGGGUGGAGAUUGCAUCUACAAUCAUUGUUGAUGGGUACAUUGACGCAACGCAGCAGUUCAUCGGAUACUAUACCUUCUUUUGUGAGAAUUGGGCUGGUGAUGGAAGGAAAUAUCCAUUGAUGAACCGGACGGCUUGUGAGAAUAUGUUUGCUGCGAUACCGGAGUGUCAGAAAUUGGGGAGUCAGUGUCGGUACUUUUAUGAUAUUGAGACUUGUAAGGCGGCGAAUGAGGUUUGUGAGGAGACGUUGGGGGAGUACUUCAUGGAAGGCGUCGUGCCCGGUGGCUGGGAUCCCUAUGACAACCGACAUCCGUGUGAGAAGCCUCCUUUGUGCUCGAACUUGGACCACGGACCGGAAUGGAAAUUUCUGAAUCGUCGUUGGGUUCAAGAAAGACUUGGAUUCGACCGCUUUCCAUUUGACCUUAUUGAUUUCGAUACCAAUGAGCGCUGGGAUAUUGCGCAGAAUAUCCAUAUACCCGUUACACGAGAGUUGACGUGGAUUCUCGAUGAAACAAGUAUACGAGUUCUAUUCAUCAACGGCAACAACGAUAUCAUCAUUAAUACCCCUGGUCAAAUGCACAUGUUGAACCAGCAGCGAUGGAAUGGACAGGAUAACUAUCGGGAAAUUGGCUACGAAAGCUGGUACUACAAGGACGGCGAAUUGACUUCUGAUGCCGAUGGAUGGAAUGUUAAGGAAGGAGGCUUCUGGAAGGGAAAUGAUCAGUUGAGGUUCUAUGCUGUUGACGAGGCUGGUCAUAUGUCUCCUUAUCACCAGCCUGAAGCCAUCGGCGCGAUCGUUCGAGCAUGGCUUCGCAACGACUAAAGUCGCCCUUACUCUAAGAUUAUAUCCAAAAUUCGCACAUAGCAAUGCUAUACCGCUUAUCUAUCAUGUCAGCC